CAAAAAGCUAUUUACACAAUUUCCCAUAAAACGCACACAUUCUUCGUGUCUGUUACUGAUAUAUAUAAUUUAAUAAUGUAGAACAUAAAGGAAGUUAAAUCACUUCUGACAGAGAUUAGUCCUUUCUUGUCCUAGAAAAUACGCAUUAUUUUCCUAAGGCUUAUUCUUUUCCUAAGGCUUAUUCUUUUCAUCUUCCUUGCUUUCUAUCAGCCUCUGACACAAAUAGCUCCAUCAGCCUCAUUCAAUUGGUCACAAAAUAAAUAGUUCUCAAGUUAUGGCUCUUUUUGUGUAUCUUGUGCUUUUCCUGGCCCUGACUCGUCGUUCAAGUGCUCUUUACUGCUUAUGCAAAGAUGGUGUUGGUGAUCAAGCCCUGCAGAAAGCAAUAGAUUAUGCUUGUGGAGCCGGAGCUGACUGUUCUCCUAUUCUCCAAAACGGAGUUUGUUACCAACCCAACACUGUGAAGGAUCACUGUAAUUAUGCAGUUAAUAGCUAUUACCAGAGAAAGGGUAAUGCUCAAGGAACAUGUGAUUUUGCAGGUGCUGCCACAACCAGUGCAAAUCCACCUGCGACAUCAUCUGGAUGUGUCUACCCCUCAAGUCCUAGCAAUGCAGGAACAACACCAUCAACUGGAUCACCACCUGGUACAACUCCUGGUUCUCCUACCCCAGUUGGAAUAAGUCCAACAUCUACAACUGGUUUGAGUGGCAAUGGAGCUAAUUUGGGAGGCAUCAACUCUGAGUUGCUACUGCUAUCUGUGCUAACCAUGUGGUUAGCAAUCAGGGUGUAGCCUAAAGGUACAAUGCACCAUAGAAAAGCUUGUGAGGUUUUCAUGUAAUUUUACUUCUGGGAAUCAUCCACAAGCAAUUCAAGCACACCCGUUUUUGUUUUUUUCCUUGCAAGAGAAAAAAAAAGUAGGAAUUUGGUUCCUUUGUUUAGUGCUGAUAUAUGUUGAUUAUGAUUACUAUUGAGGGGUUGGAAGUAGCACUUGGCUUUUCUCCAUUUGUACAUCUAAGACUAUGACAGACACUAUUUUUUAAUUUAAUGGAAUCCGGCUACCCCAUUUUUAUAAACUAUUCUGUUCAUCAUUCAACUUCAUGUUAGCUGGCUACUCUACGUCUCCGUCACUCACAUUUUAA